AGCGUUUCCGAUAAAUCUCGAGUCGAACCCGUAUCCAAAUGCUCUUUAACGAGUACAACUUGACUUGCUAAUAUAUCGGUGUUUACUUGCUCUUUUUCUCAUAGAUACCCCCGGGCCCCAGCUCGAACGCAAUGGCGAGUAACCUUCUUCAAACUCCAGCCCUGCAUGCAGGCACCAUCCCCUUUUCUCGGCCCCCGACUCCUGGAGUACACCCUCUCCAAAUCGGCUUCUGUGGUCUUGGAGCCAUGGGCUAUCUCAUGGCCCGAAAUCUGGCUAACUCCUUAAUUCUCAACCGCCUCUCAUCGUUCGCUGAUACUCUCGACCAGCUGGCUACGGAGUGCGAUGUCAUCUUCACCUGUCUCGCGAAUGAUGCUGUGGUAAUCAGUCAAUCACCCCCGACCAAGGUCAAGAUCUUUGUUGAAAUGGGCACGAAUUAUCCUGCGCUAGCUGGCGAUCUUGAUAGGAUGCUGUCGAGCUUUCCUCAUACCCGCUUUAUCACUUCACCUAUCUUUGGGGCUCCCCCGGCGGCAGAUAAGGCCACACUUGUUAUUGCCAUGAGCGGAGACCACCGGUCGAAGAAGGAAGUCGCCUUUCUUCUUGUCCCUGCAGUGGGCCGCAAGGUGAUAGACCUCGGAGAGAAUGUAGAAAAAGCUUCGACAUUAAAGCUGAUCGGUAAUGGUAAUCUCGCCGCUAUCCUGGAGCUUCUUGCCGAAACCCUGACACUUGGAGAAAAGUCAGGCAUUGGGCAGCAGACUGUAUACGAUCUGAUCACAGAAAUCAUGCCAGCACCAGCGAUAAUAUCGUAUGGCAAGAAGAUGAUCAACGACUCGUUUGAUGGUUCCGUAGGCUUUUCUAUGGAUGGCGGAAUUAAAGACUCUUCGUUAGUAUAUCGACGAUCCGACCUUGGGUCGUUACUAGAUACUCAUUCAUUUAUAGUUAGUAACGCACAUCGGAGCAUGAUUACUACUCGGGCCAUACACCAAGCACAAGUUGUCUCGGGGACACAGCAGUGGGACAUCGUAGACGAGAGCGCAUUGAUUGCGAGUAGCCGAGUUGCGGCCGGAUUGGAUCCAUUCAACAGCAAGAAGGGAACAACAGUUGUACGAGAAGAAUAAGAUCUAGUGUCGGCCCAUAGCACUGUAGCGCCAAAUCAUUUUUAUUCAUUUGUAUGUCAAGUAAAUGUGCCUUCAAAUAGAGACUCCCUUGCAUUUUAUUGUUGGGCAG